AUGAAGUCAAGCUAAAAUAAUAGUCAAAUAGAGAAACUACCCUAGUAAUACCUGAACAUAAACUUCUAUGCUCCGAAUCAAGUAUUUGCAUCGAACUUCGACAACCUAAGUGUUUCAUAGUAAAAGAAAAUUUCUCUAAAAAAGCUUGAAGAGGAGUAUUGUAAAACAUUAGAACAAGCUGUUUCUCCAAACUCUAGCACGAUUAAUCUUGAAAAUUUAAAGAAAACAUAAAGUCAUCAUUUUAUGAAAGUUGCAAGUGGCACCAGCUCACCAUAGUAAUUAAAAUCAAGAUCAUCUAUAGGAAAAUACAUGCAGGAAGCAGUAGCAUACAACAAUUUUCAUUAAUCUAAUCAGCAUAGGAAUAGUGCACACGUGAGUAAAUCAUAGGCAAGCAACAAUCUAAACUGCAGUGCUUCUAGAAUGAACAACAGACUCAAUAAUAUUUCUGUUAAUCAAAGUGCAAAUUACGGAAGCCAUUUAAAUGCAUUUGAAUUUUUCCAAAAUGCAAAUAUUAACCUGAAUAACAGUACGAGUACUAAUAAAAAGACUAAAAUCAAAAGUAAAAUACAUGUUUCUACAAAGAAGAAUUCCGUUCAAUAAAACUAUCCACCUCCUAAGCUGAUAACAAACUUUGAUAAUACCAACUAGAUUGAUAUUUCACGGGAUAGAUAAACUCUAAAAAUGAAAGACUUUCUUAAGUAAAUUGAUGCUUACAGUAAUGAAAAUUUGGACAAGCUUAUGCCCUCGUCAACUUAAUACUCAAGCAUGUAGCAAAAUAACUAAAGUAUUUUUGAAAUAAAAGUGGUUUAAUCCGUUAGAAACUUCUUGGAUAAAGAGAUGAACGUUUCUUCAUAGGACUAUUAAGAUGAUUCAAGAUACAAUGAUUCUAAUCAUGAUCCUAUUGAUCAAAGAGCUUUUAUGAGUAUUUUGCAUGAGGGUUUUUCAUAGAUUAUCAAUACUUCCCAUCCUAUAGUAGGAACAACUUUAUAAAAGCUAAAAGAUGGAUAUGAAAGUCUCAUAAGCAGGCUAAGCGAAGAAUUGAAUAUUUAAACUGAAAUUCUAUCGUCCGAGAAUAACUAGCUAAGUAUGAAUAAUUAGAACUUAGAAGAUAAGAACAUUAAAAUGCAAAAGCAGUUGGGAGAAUCAGAACAGUCAUAUCAGUCUAAUCUUCUAAAACUUAAUCAAUAAUUCAAAUAGAAUAAUCAACUCGCAGAAGAGCUUAAUAAAGUUAUAGAGGAAAACAGGAUGUAAAAAAAUAAAUAGAGAGACUUAGAAAAAAUUAUUCAAGAAUAGUAAAAAUAAAUUGAUUAAUUAAGACAAGACUUGAAGUUCCAACUCAUAAUGAAUUAAAAGACAAUUCAGUCUUAAUCCCAAUAAAAUUAUUAGCACUAGUAGUAAUAGCAAAAUUAAAAUUUUAAAAUUUCUUAAAUAAAUGCUCAUCCGAAACUCAAUUCUGGAAAGCAUCAAAUUAUAGAAUAAUAGAAUAGCAAAAUUCAUCAGAUUAUUGAUGACUCGAGCUAGUCUGACUAUGAUGAAGUCGAUCCAGAGGUCGCAUAUAUAAAUGAAUAAUAGAAAGUGAUCUAGCAAGAUAAAAGUCCAAUUUAAAAGCCAAUAAUUCCAAUGUUGAACCUGAAUAAAUUAUAAGUAUAAAAGGAAAAUGCAUCUAAUUCUCCUAAAUAGCAUUUACCAUCACAAAUUAAGACAAUAGAUAAAUCUUUUGAUUCCCUCUCAUAAUCUUAGCAUUAGUAAAAUUACUAAUCAUAAUAAUAGGUGCUACCUCGUCCUUCCGCAGGAGGUGGAAUGAAAAUAGGAAUGCCUAAAUUUUAAAUUGAUCUUUCUAGCAUUAAUUAGUAAAAGCAAUAAAAAAUCCAAGAGUAAGAACAGUAGGAAUCAAGCUAAGAUUAUCAAUUCAACCAAAAACCUUAAGAUAUAAGUGGUGCACCUCAAGCUAAACCUAUGGGACUAGGAUUAAACCUAGCAGGCUUAAAGAAUUAAAAAGGAAUUUAAGAUUUUCAAGAUGAGUUCAUGUCUAGAAUCGAUGAAUACAGUUAAUCAUGGAGAGAUGCAGCUAUGAGAGAAAAAAGAUUCUGA